AUGAACAUUGCCGGACACUGGCAGGGCGCCAAGGCAAGGCUAAAAAACAGCCAAGGCAAGGCUCAAAAACAGCCAAGGCAAGGCUCAAAAACAGCCAAGGCAAGGCUCAAAAACAGCCAAGGCAAGGCUCAAAAACAGCCAAGGCAAGGCUCAAAAACAGCCAAGGCAAGGCUCAAAAACAGCCAAGGCAAGGCUCAAAAACAGCCAAGGCAAGGCUCAAAAACAGCCAAGGCAAGGCUCAAAAACAGCCAAGGCAAGGCUCAAAAACAGCCAAGGCAAGGCUCAAAAACAGCCAAGGCAAGGCUCAAAAACAGCCAAGGCAAGGCUCAAAAACAGCCAAGGCAAGGCUCAAAAACAGCCAAGGCAAGGCUCAAAAACAGCCAAGGCAAGGCUCAAAAACAGCCAAGGCAAGGCUCAAAAACAGCCAAGGCAAGGCUCAAAAACAGCCAAGGCAAGGCUCAAAAACAGCCAAGGCAAGGCUCAAAAACAGCCAAGGCAAGGCUCAAAAACAGCCAAGGCAAGGCUCAAAAACAGCCAAGGCAAGGCUCAAAAACAGCCAAGGCAAGGCUCAAAAACAGCCAAGGCAAGGCUCAAAACAGCCAAGGCAAGGCUCAAAACAGCCAAGGCAAGGCUCAAAACAGCCAAGGCAAGGCUAAAAACAGCCAAGGCAAGGCUAAAAACAGCCAAGGCAAGGCUAAAAACAGCCAAGGCAAGGCUAAAAACAGCCAAGGCAAGGCUAAAAACAGCCAAGGCAAGGCUAAAAACAGCCAAGGCAAGGCUAAAAACAGCCAAGGCAAGGCUAAAAACAGCCAAGGCAAGGCUAAAAACAGCCAAGGCAAGGCUAAAAACAGCCAAGGCAAGGCUAAAAACAGCCAAGGCAAGGCUAAAAACAGCCAAGGCAAGGCUAAAAACAGCCAAGGCAAGGCUAAAAACAGCCAAGGCAAGGCUAAAAACAGCCAAGGCAAGGCUAAAAACAGCCAAGGCAAGGCUAAAAACAGCCAAGGCAAGGCUAAAAACAGCCAAGGCAAGGCUAAAAACAGCCAAGGCAAGGCUAAAAACAGCCAAGGCAAGGCUAAAAACAGCCAAGGCAAGGCUAAAAACAGCCAAGGCAAGGCUAAAAACAGCCAAGGCAAGGCUAAAAACAGCCAAGGCAAGGCUAAAAACAGCCAAGGCAAGGCUAAAAACAGCCAAGGCAAGGCUAAAAACAGCCAAGGCAAGGCUAAAAACAGCCAAGGCAAGGCUAAAAACAGCCAAGGCAAGGCUAAAAACAGCCAAGGCAAGGCUAAAAACAGCCAAGGCAAGGCUAAAAACAGCCAAGGCAAGGCUAAAAACAGCCAAGGCAAGGCUAAAAACAGCCAAGGCAAGGCUAAAAACAGCCAAGGCAAGGCUAAAAACAGCCAAGGCAAGGCUAAAAACAGCCAAGGCAAGGCUAAAAACAGCCAAGGCAAGGCUAAAAACAGCCAAGGCAAGGCUAAAAACAGCCAAGGCAAGGCUAAAAACAGCCAAGGCAAGGCUAAAAACAGCCAAGGCAAGGCUAAAAACAGCCAAGGCAAGGCUAAAAACAGCCAAGGCAAGGCUAAAAACAGCCAAGGCAAGGCUAAAAACAGCCAAGGCAAGGCUAAAAACAGCCAAGGCAAGGCUAAAAACAGCCAAGGCAAGGCUAAAAACAGCCAAGGCAAGGCUAAAAACAGCCAAGGCAAGGCUAAAAACAGCCAAGGCAAGGCUAAAAACAGCCAAGGCAAGGCUAAAAACAGCCAAGGCAAGGCUAAAAACAGCCAAGGCAAGGCUAAAAACAGCCAAGGCAAGGCUAAAAACAGCCAAGGCAAGGCUAAAAACAGCCAAGGCAAGGCUAAAAACAGCCAAGGCAAGGCUAAAAACAGCCAAGGCAAGGCUAAAAACAGCCAAGGCAAGGCUAAAAACAGCCAAGGCAAGGCUAAAAACAGCCAAGGCAAGGCUAAAAACAGCCAAGGCAAGGCUAAAAACAGCCAAGGCAAGGCUAAAAACAGCCAAGGCAAGGCUAAAAACAGCCAAGGCAAGGCUAAAAACAGCCAAGGGCGGGCCAGUAUCAACAACGAGGCAGCUCAGGAGGAAGCUCAGGAGGAAGCUCAGGAGGAAGCUCAGGAGGAAGCUCAGGAGGAAGCUCAGGAGGAAGCUCAGGAGGAAGCUCAGGAGGAAGCUCAGGAGGAAGCUCAGGAGGAAGCUCAGGAGGAAGCUCAGGAGGAAGCUCAGGAGGAAGCUCAGGAGGAAGCUCAGGAGGAAGCUCAGGAGGAAGCUCAGGAGGAAGCUCAGGAGGAAGCUCAGGAGGAAGCUCAGGAGGAAGCUCAGGAGGAAGCUCAGGAGGAAGCUCAGGAGGAAGCUCAGGAGGAAGCUCAGGAGGAAGCUCAGGAGGAAGCUCAGGAGGAAGCUCAGGAGGAAGCUCAGGAGGAAGCUCAGGAGGAAGCUCAGGAGGAAGCUCAGGAGGAAGCUCAGGAGGAAGCUCAGGAGGAAGCUCAGGAGGAAGCUCAGGAGGAAGCUCAGGAGGAAGCUCAGGAGGAAGCUCAGGAGGAAGCUCAGGAGGAAGCUCAGGAGGAAGCUCAGGAGGAAGCUCAGGAGGAAGCUCAGGAGGAAGCUCAGGAGGAAGCUCAGGAGGAAGCUCAGGAGGAAGCUCAGGAGGAAGCUCAGGAGGAAGCUCAGGAGGAAGCUCAGGAGGAAGCUCAGGAAGUCGCGGGUGGAGAUUUUAGAAGGUAUAGGGAAUUUGAGCUGAAAAAUAUAUAUUAUAGUAGCUAA